AUGUGUAGGAUUAAUUUUGACAUAUACGUAGGAUAUUUUUUUUAUACUUUAUGUGAUCUCAUUACAACUCUUCAAUAUUUUGCAGAUAACAGCUCUGGAUAUGGCUGGCCAGAAGACGAAUUUGACGAGGAAGAUGCUGAUACAUAUGAAGCUCCUCCAUGUGAACGUCCCACCAUUAAAGUCCAACCUCGCCAAGUAGAGGAGAAUGUUUACCUGGGUUAUCCAGAUCGAACCCCAAACCCUGUUAUUCCCAAAAGACAGGCAGCACCGCCGCCACGACCAGCCAAGAUCACCCCGACAGGGAAAAGCAUGAAGCCAGAGCCGCCUCACGACGAGUUUUACAUCGACCCCAAUGACAGCAAACCGCCUGAGGUGAUACGUAAUGAUAAACCUGGUAAAAAAGCCCCUCCUAAAAGACCCCCGAUGAGACCCCCACCGGCCUCUCAGCAAGAUGAAGAUGUUUACUUGGACCCAAAUGAAGGACAGGAAUAUGAUACCUAUCUAGCUCCUGUAGCAGAACCUCCUGCACCCCGAAGCCCGGCCCGCAUGCCAAUGCCUCCCAAAACUCUAGGACGAGACCUUCCACCGCAAAUAAUGAAGCCUCCUGUUCCCAGAGCCAAAUCUAGCUCGGUCCUGAUCAGUGACACUGCGAACAAAGUUCUGCCGCUAGAAGUAAAACGCGCCACGUUUUCAGGCCAGCUGCCACCUGCACUUAACAACAAACCGGUUUCUCCCAUCAUCCUCCCCAAACAACCCAAACCUAGUCCUCCUCCUCCUCCAUCUCUGGACAGCACAGCACUUUCUUUUGGAGCAAAGCCAGUUGCUCAGGGGGCGGGGCUACAGGACAAAGAGUGGUUUGCUGGAGUUUGUGAACGUAAGACUGCAGAGGAAACCGUGCUCAGGAUGAACAAGGACGGCACGUUUCUGGUCAGAUACAGCAGUUCUCAGAACGACCGUCAGCCCUUCACGCUGGUCGUGCUUUACCAGCAGACCGUUUACAACAUCCCUGUGCGUUUCCUGGAUGAUUCACAACAGUACGCGCUCGGAAAAGAGGGCAAGAAGACGGAAGAGCUCUUCAGCAGUUUGCAGGAGAUGAUCUCUCAUCACAUGAAGAACCCUCUCCUCCUGAUCGAUCGUAAGAGUCAAGCUAAACACAGCACUCUCCUCUCACACCCUGUUCGGCCCUAACGCUCCCGUUUCAUCCCUCUUCCUCUGAUACUGACCCCCAU